CAUGUGUGCUGGAUUAGGUGUACAACAACAAAACCGCCGGGGAGAAGCGUGAUCCCGGACACAGCACUAUUCAGGUCCCCUGUUGGAGGGUAGCAGUUUUUCCCCCGACAACAAAAUGUUGGCGUCAUCGAAUUCUGCUCGACGGGUCGUCCACCAUUUCGUCCGAGCUUUAUCUUCAACCAGUUGUAAACAGAGGCUGAAGGUCGUGAAUCCGGAAAACGGGGGCAAGACUCGGACUGCUCCAGAUUUUGAGAGGAUCCGUGCUGAUAGAUUUACCUCCCCUGACACAGCAUCUCGUACAACAGAAGUUUUCCCUAAAACAUGGCCGGUAUGGGAUGCCAACAACAAGCGCGUGACCUUCUUGAACGUGGACUGCAGCACAAUAGAGACGACAACACCUUUGGGUAUGUUUGAACUCAAGGUCAAAUGUGACGUGGAACAAAUGGGUCCAGAAUGUGUAUACCUUCAACAGGUGAAUCGUGACAUCUACACAACCAGACUGAUACCGCUGAUGUCAAAGCUGGGAUACAACAGCUUCAGCUUUCUGGGGGAUAGCGUUGGACAGGCGGCAUUCUAUAAAAACACACCAACCACAAACAUUUGACAAUUUUGAAUUUCAGAUCAAAUCAGAAUAGCUAUAAAAAGGGCGAUUUAACCUUACUAACUAUGUAUUGAUGUACCCAUCUUCGUUAGUCAACGGUUAAGCGUAAUUCGGUACGAUCCAGUCUACCUACUCUAAGUUUAUCAUGCAAUCUGAUUUCCCUGUUAUACAGCCAGUGCAGGCCUUAAUCUAUUAAGGUAGAUCGUAACAGAUCGUAACCCUUUGCUAGCGAAGAUGAUAAAUACCAAGUAAACGCGUGCUAUUAAGUGCCAAACCACAAAUCUGUUGUCCAUUCUAGUUGUCUGAUGUCUUGGCAUUACUCAUUGUCAAGGAAUAUGAAAUAGAAAUUAGAAGCCAUUCCUCACUUUACUGCUCUCCCCGAGUCAUUACAGUAAAACGCUUGACACUUCUAAGCCUCUCACCAGUACCCACUUGAGUGGGUUUAAUUGUUCGUCCUUUCUCCGUCUGUCCGUCCGUUACAUUACCCAGGUAUAUCCCCAAUACCCUGUCACUUUUAAUUUGUAAAUAUUCUGCAAGUAUUGGCCGAGUUUCGCAUAUCAAAUUCGGGUCUCUGGUGCCUCUUUGUGUAGAGUUAUUGCCCUUUGUUCAAUGUGCGUUUAACUUUGUUCGGGACAUAUCUCAUGUUCUAAGUCGCUUGCAAAUGCCAAGUUUUGUUUGUGAUUACCUCUUGUGAUGGCGGAAUGUCGCAUUUUGACUCUGAUCUCGUGUCCCUUUAUAUUUGUACAGUGUUAGGAAUCUUUGUUUAUUUUCAUGCCGAGGAUAAUAGUAAGCGAGUAAUGUCAAAAGUUGACAGCUGGAAUGGCGUCCUUGGUUAUUUUUCAAGAAACACCUUUUCUAUUUUACUGAGUGAGAAGCUAAAUUUGCAUACUAUUGAAAUUGAGUUUGUGAUCAGGCCGAUGACAUUUUUUCUCUGUUUUAUCUUUAUGUUGUUUAAAAAAAAAUCGUAUUGGCGUGUACUGGUGAAAUAGAUUUGUAUCUUAAGAAGUUUGUUUGCGUUCAAAUCUUCGUGUUUAUUUUCAAGGAGAUGUACAUAGUAAACACACUCUAUAUGGUCUGUAUACUGACAAAUUCUAAUAAACUCUUCGUUUGGACAAAAAUGAUUUCGACUACUAUGACAGAACUCUUUGAAAUGAAAAUGGUCCGUUAUGGUCUAGCAAAGGGGGGAAACAGAAAAACAUCUUUAUCUUGUGGUUAGGUCAAAACGAUUUUCGGGAUCCUGCGUCGUCCGACCUUAAAACAGAAAUAUUACAAUUCGGACAAUGAGUUUACUGGUGUUAAAACCUAGUCAAAAUUAUAUUAAAAUUAAAAAACGUCAAUGUUCAUUCAUUUAUUAGUGAAAAUCCGAUCGGCACUGCAGAAUGGUAUCACAUUGGUCUAGAGUUUUUUGACGUCUAGUAGCGGCGAUAUUGCGAUUAAGUUAGACAAUAUUGGAUAAUAUCACUUAAUAUCUGGUAAGAAAAUUCAGAUAGUUUAAACCGUUUUUGGGGUUGAAAUUAAAAAGAAAAGAUGUUUCUUAUACAAUAAAUGCUAAAUAAAUCAU